AUAUUAGCAGGGGAAAGAAUUCGUCGAUCACCGUUACCAAGGAUCUGUGGGACACAAAAUGGUUGAAGAUGACAGUUGGGCGUUUAUAGUGUGUUAAUGAUGCAUAACAAGACCAGUUGCAAAGUGAUUGUUGAAAGAAUUAACUGUAAAUUUCCCUUCAUAAGUGUUCACACCUCCAACCAAAGUGAAACUAACAGGGACCAUUCAGGGGCAGCAAAAUUAAGCUAUGCUCCCCAACCAGAUGAAAUCUCAGACCCACAGAGGAAUCCCUGCUCGUCCAAAGACUAGUGUGACUGAGAGUAAUAAAACAGCAAACCACUCCAAGUCUAAUGUUGGCAGAGUUCAUUCAGCACCAGUGUGUGAAGCGCGUUCAAUGUUAAGAGGAGAUAAUGACAAACCACCAAUACAAACAUCAACUGUGGCAAAAUUCAACAAGCCAUCUGCCAGACUCAACCCAAAAACUAUUGAUCCAUUCAAUACAUCUACCAAGAAUCAAUCAGUUUUUUCUACAGUUUACAUUAAUGGUGGCAUUCCCUGUUGUUUGGUGCAUGGUUCAGUGAAGCAUAAACUCUCGUGGUCAACUCCACCAGAAUCAGUUCCAUUUGAUCCAGUCCUGGUUACACUUGCUGAGGGUCUUAGAGAAACUGUACACCCUUACAGAUUUGUUGCCAAACAAGGGUUCAAGGAGCUGCUAGACGUACCCGAAGCAGAUCAGAAAUGUAUCGCUGUUCUACCAAAGUUAAUACAACCUCUCCGGGCUGCUCUAACUCAUCGUGACGAUAAUGUAUUUGAGAACGGACUAGAAGCACUCAGCCAGAUUAGUGCCACAACUAAAGAUGCCCUUAAUAUUCACCUGAAAUCAUUUCUGCUUGCUUUGGCCAAACGCCGGAUGGAGAAGAAGUACAGAGAUAAAGUAACUGAAGUGCUGGAGGAUCUGGAACAGAAUGGUGGCACUGAAACGCUGGUAAUUAUAAAAUCCAAGAUCCCUACAUACAGCUCCAUUAACAGAUGAAAGACCAGGUGAAGGGAUAUAUCUGGUGGAUAUCUGUCAGUCAUGUGACCUGCUUCAGUGUGAAAUGUGAAAAAGUAAAGCAAAGGGGAGGAAAAGAAGAUGUGGAGGAGAGAGACUACUACUUAUUUCAGUCUUUAAAGCCUGUUCUUUACUUCUUUCCAACCAAAUUAUACAACUAUGAUGUCAACAAGCCUUCAUAUCAGCUAUUUUGUCACAUUUAAGUAUCUAUUUCUGAUAAUUGUAUAAAAACCACCCAAUGCAUC